UAAAGGGAAGCUAAAGCUGGUACGAGUGGUCUCCUCUGGGAGAUGAAAAUCCAGUCUCACGGAUGUUUCGUCCUGGACAAAGCUGCGGUGGGCAAUGAAAAAUGAUACAACGAAGAGCUCUCGUGUCAUGCAUGUUUGCCAGCGAUGCGCAUCACAUGCAUUUUGUCACCUAAACCAUCAGGAAGGUAUUUGAAAAGCUGGCUGGCACAGUGCAGGGAGUGUGGGCUUUUGAUGAUCAGACAGACUGAGGGCAUAACCUUCAGUAACAGAACGAAUCAGGCCACUCAGCAAGCUGCCAGUUCCUGCCAGCACCUUGUUGAGGAACCCAGCUGGACCCAUUUCUAAUCAACACCCCCCCCACCCCACACACAACAUCUCUGGGUCACUGAAGGAAACCAGACCAGAAUUUGAAAAUUUUCAGACUUCCAAUAGAUACUGAGUGCACUCUGCCUUGCACAAAUCUGCUCUAAUCGAGGGACAUAGCGGGAGCAUACAGGUGUUACUUUUACCUAAGAAGUCACACAAACACAUUCUCCAUUUAAACCUCUGCACGUAGAAUGGAUGAUGGUUAUUGAAACAGCCCGAACCUCUACCACGGUGCACAAGAUAUAGCUUGAGAGGUGACCAGGCAGUCGCGGAACCAAGGAAUGGAUGCUUAUAAAUAUCAGGACAACUAUGAGGGCUAUGCCCACACGGAUGGCUAUUAUCCCGGCAAUGAGUCCAACCCAGAGGAGGAUGCACAGAGUGAUGUUACCGAGGGCCAUGAUGAGGAGGAUGAGAUCUAUGAGGGGGAGUACCAGGGCAUCCCUCACCCGGAUGAUGUCAAGGCCAAGAAGAACAAGAUGGCGUCCUCCAGGGAGGAUGACCUUCGGGGCCAGGCAGACCUGAUGGCUGAAAGGAUGGAAGAUGAGGAGGAGUUGGCUCAUCAGUAUGAGACCAUCAUGGACGAGUGUGGCCACGGGCGCUUCCAGUGGAUCCUGUUUUUCGUCUUGGGUUUGGCCCUGAUGGCUGAUGGGGUGGAGGUGUUUGUGGUGAGUUUUGCCCUGCCUAGUGCAGAGAAGGACAUGUGUCUGUCCAGUUCCAAGAAAGGAAUGCUUGGGAUGAUAGUCUACCUCGGAAUGAUGUCGGGGGCCUUCGUCCUGGGGGGCCUGGCUGAUAAGCUGGGGAGAAAGAGAGUCCUCAGCAUGUCUCUGGCCCUCAACGCCUCCUUCGCCUCCAUCUCCUCCUUCGUGCAAGGUUACGGAGCCUUCCUCUUCUGUCGACUCAUCUCGGGCAUCGGUAUUGGUGGAGCUCUGCCCAUUGUGUUUGCCUAUUUCUCUGAAUUCUUGUCUCGGGAGAAGCGAGGGGAGCACCUCAGUUGGUUGGGCAUCUUCUGGAUGACCGGGGGCAUCUAUGCCUCUGCCAUGGCUUGGAGCAUCAUUCCGCACUACGGCUGGGGCUUCAGCAUGGGCACCCACUACCACUACCACAGCUGGAGGGUGUUUGUCAUCGUCUGCGCUCUGCCCUGCACCGUGUCCUUGGUGGCCCUGAGGUUCAUGCCCGAGAGCCCACGGUUUCUGCUGGAGAUGGGCAAACACGACGAAGCUUGGAUGAUUCUCAAGAAAGUCCAUGACACCAACAUGAGAGCUAAGGGGACCCCGGAGAAGGUGUUCACGGUGUCCCACAUCAAGACUCCCAAGCAAAUGGAUGAGUUCUUUGAGAUCCAAAAUGCAACAGGAACUUGGUACCAGCGCUGCCUGGUCAGAUUCAAGACCACUUUCAAGCAGGUCUGGGAUAAUGCUCAGUACUGCCUGCUGGGGCCUUACAGGAUGAACACGCUGAUUCUGGCCGUGGUCUGGUUCACUAUGGCCUUCAGUUACUACGGCCUGACCGUUUGGUUCCCCGACAUGAUCCGGUAUUUUCAAGAGGAAGAAUACAAGUCCAAGAUGAAGGUAUUUUUCGGCGAGCACGUGUUCGGUGCCACAAUCAACUUCACGAUGGAAAAUCAGAUCCACCAGCAUGGCAAGCUUGUGAAUGACAAGUUCACAAAGAUGUAUUUCAAGCAUGUUCUCUUUGAAGACACGUUCUUUGAUGAGUGCUAUUUUGAAGAUGUUACAUCCACGGAUACCUAUUUCAAAAACUGCACCAUCGAAUCCACCAUCUUUUAUAACACAGGUAAGAACGGGGGCAGAGCGGGGAGAUUGUCAUGGGGGUGGACUAGUCUUUCAAGGGUCGCGGCAUUAGGAAGGUUGAGAACCCACUGGUCUAGUUGGUGUCUGUCAGCAUCCACUUCCUCCUUCUCUUACAGGGCAACAGCCUUUGGCAUCCUCAAUGGAUUAUGCAAAUUUGGAGCCAUCCUGGGAAACACCAUCUUUGCUUCUUUUGUUGGGAUAACCAAAGUGGUCCCCAUCCUUCUGGCUGCCACUUCUCUCGUUGGGGGCGGCCUGAUUGCUCUUCGGCUGCCAGAGACCCGAGAGCAGGUGCUGAUGUGAACCAGCCAUGGGGAGAGGAAAUGUCGGAAGAACCUUUCCCGGGGACCCUCAGGGCAUCCACACUUCCUGUCCGUCACCGCCCAGAGGACUUUGGAAGCACCGGAGGAGAUGUUGACUUUGCGACCCCUAAUCUAGGACCCAUCUCAGCUUUAAGAUGUUGGUAACUCAGGUGACCAAUUUGGGGUGUCCUGAGCUGCCCUGGUAAUCAUGGAGCUGUGUGCUUGGUUCGAGGUUGCCCCAGCCCAAGGCAGGGGAGGAGGAGUAACACCCCCCAGGGGGGUGCGUGCUAAGCAAGGAGGUGCAAGGACGUCUUUGCACUUGAAGGUGGAUUUGAGCAUGAGGACACUCAAGCUCCUUCAUAAAGUUCUUCGGAGCCCAGUGACCUAACAACACGUCAACUGGGCAAGAAGUUAGCGUCAUCCUAUAAAUAUUGGGCUCAAAGUACAGGAUCCAUAUAUUUUUUUUGCAUUGAAAAGAAUCACCUAUCAUAUUUUCCAUUUGAAAAUUGGCACCAUCGCGGGGAAGAUACGCUGAUAUAGAAAAACAAAUAUUUGAGCAUUAUCUAUAGAAACCUACUCCCUACCCCAAGUGUCCUGAGCUUUUCAGGACGAUUAGGUGAUACAUUUAAGAAAGAUAUUUAUCCCUUUUCGAUCUAGUCAAAGAAGCCUAAUGGGAUAGGUAUUCUGUGAACUAACUUUGUACAUACUCUAUUUGGGUUUCAUUUGCAGACAUGGUAUCUGCAAACAUUUGCCAGCAAUUAUAUAGCCAUAUUUUGGGAGGACUUGGGGAUUGAGGUCCCGGGAAACUGGGUCCGAUGGAAUGAAAUGCAAGCACAAUUUCUUAUAGCCAUUCAGCUUGCUGUGGGGAGGUGCACUCAGCAGACCCACUUCGCACAGUUUGUGGAGUCUAGGCACGUCGCUUCGUGUAGCCCCUCUCACACUGAUCGCUUGUGAAACUCAGGCUCGCUGCCUGCGGUCUGGCAUUUGACGUUGCUGCUCCCCCAGAACAACAUGGGACGUGCUCGGUGGCCUCUGGUGUCUGUGGGUGAGCAUCAAACACGGUAGACAACAUGCGGGAUAGAGGGAGAAGGGAAGUGUCCCCACAGCUCUCCAAAGUGCUAAUUCUCCCUGUUCCUUUCAGCAGCAAGACACGACCCAGAUUUGGUCCCAUGAGAAAUCUAUGCUUUGUGUUUCGGUCCAGGACUUUUUUUUUUCAUCUCCCAUUUCCCCCCACUUUGCCCCACUCCUUCCAGCCCCUCUCCACCCCUCCAGGUCUUCACUGCCCUAUUGCCCAUGUCCAUGGACUAUGCCUGUAACUAUAUACGUUCUUUGAUUUAUUCGGUCCAGGACUUUUAAAGCAGAUGCCAUUGCCAUGGGAGUAGGGAGUGUCAUGGAUCUCAAAUACGUUUUCCUUGAGGGCGCUAAGGGGACUCCUUCCUGAGAUACAGUUUGGACAUGAAUUGGGGGUAAGAGUGGGGUGAGGAGCGGAGGACAAACGACGUUGGCAGGGGUCAGCAGUGGGGGCUGAAGUGUGGACGAGAGAAAAGGCUGACAUUGUGUCCAUGAGAACUGUCCUGCAUGGAGGGGCAGUGAGCUCUGGACUCGCGCCACUGGCGGUGAGCAGCAGCCUGAAGACCGCACGCUUUGAGGCGAUAAGCGAGACUCUCAGGACUGCAAGGUGCCCCUUUCCCGACCAGCGGUCUCCAAAAAUCUUAAACACAGUGAUGAUGGCUCACCACGUGCUUUCUCAGGGUUUGAGAGGCGCUCGGGUCCCAAGACAGCUGGGGGCCGUCUUCCUGUGGUUCUCUGGAGUGACUGACGGUCGAGGGCACCUUUCUACCCUCAAGCCGAGAUUGGUUUUACUGGUUAAAAUAUUUCCUCUGCUUCUCUUGUGUCCCACCCCUUUAUUCACCUUUAUUUUUUCUGUACAGCGAAGACACAUCGGCUCUGAUUUGCCAUCCCGAUCCUCCCAACUAUAUACAUACGCCACUGUGGGUUAAUGUUUCUUCCAGGGCUUUGCAGACAUCACCUAACAGGAAUGCUAGGUCGAUGAGGAGAGGCCCAGUGUAACAUAGCUGUAAUAUACUCGCCACAUUCUUAGGAUGUGAAAUGCAGUGGCUAGUUUUCUACAAGAGAGCCGUGUCCACCUUGGAUGACUACAGCCCUCGUGGCAUUGUUCUUCAACGGGAUAGCGGGAUUCGAUGAGCAGCUAGCACGUGAGAAAUUCACAAGGCCGUCAGAAGCUGCAUUUCUCGUUACGGUGGAUCUUGUAAAUCUAAAACGUGCUUGCUUUUUUAGUGUUGGGGUGGCUGCCAUAAUUUUGGGGUAAGCUCCCUUUGAUGUCCGAGUGCUAACUUCUGCACUCUCUUUCUGGCUCCUUAUACCAACCACCUAAACAACCAAGGGCAAUUCUCAUCGCAUCUCUGUGUUUCCCCACGAAGGAUGGCCGGGCACCGGCACGUGCCCACCUCUCAAAUGCUGCCACUCCUGCGGAGAUAAAUGCUUCUUUAAAUACAGUCUCUGUGGCAGGGCAUGGGGUGGGGGAUGGCGGGGAAUGUACAGCAUUCGUGUUCUACCCAGAGAAAUGGAAUCGUGGAGAAUGAAAGGAAUGAGGUUCUCCUUCGUCGAGCAAAUCUGUACCCAGUUCAUGAUGGACGUUACGACGCCCAGUUUGGGAGUGGUUACUUUGAAGAGUCUCCACUAUAUUGUGUAUUUUCCUGAUGCCGAUUUCCGAUCUUUUGUUUCAUUGAAAAUAAUUAGUGCGAGGGGUUGUGUCAGUUUGUGAAGUGUUUAGCACAUGAGCCUGAGGUCAUGGUACACAGACCCCUCCGUGCCUAAGGUGUCCUGGUACCUUGUGUGUGUUCAUUAAAAAAUAAUAAAAACAAUUGUAAACAAAC